GGGGUAGUACUCUGCUAACAUUUUCCUGGGUAAUAGUAGAAGUUGUACACCAACCUGCUCUUUGGUUAACUUUGCGGCGCCAGGUUUACCUAAAAAAUAAAAUAAAAGCAAGAACACAGAGGAGACAUGUCUUCAAGUCAGCUUUGAACAGGCAGGUAGUGCAACAGUUCUCAGUGAAGUGAACAGAAAACCAGCCCGUCAUUUCUGAAUUUCAAUUGGUGUUGAGAUGAAGAGAGUUCUGUUAUGACAGACUAUGUGGAGAUGUCUGGAGACAGUGGAACACUAUCCUGGAAGCCGGUGCCUAGUGAACUGCAGCAGAAAGGUCACUCUGAAGUGCUCAGUGAGAAUGCAGGCACAGUGAAGAUCAUCAAAGUGUGCUUUAUUAGCAACAGCUUCAAUCUGGGAAAGAACUUUAAACUUGUAAAAUGUGACAGUUCCUGGGAAAUUAAGGCCAUUAUUCAGUCUAUCUUAGGAAGUGGACGGCUUGGUCCAAACAUCAAAAUCACUGGCUGCUAUGGCUUGCGGCUUAAACAUCUUAAAUCAGAUGAAGUACACUGGCUGCAUCCAAACUUGACAGUGCAAGAGGUAGAGGAGAAGUAUGAGCACCAGCAUGUUGAGGCAGAGUGGAGAUAUGACUUGAGAAUCCGAUACAUCCCCUCUGAUUUCUUGGAGAAGCUAAAAGAAGAUAAAACCACCAUGCUAUAUUUUUACCAGCAGGUGCGCAGUGACUACAUGCAGAAAUGUGCCAGUAAAGUCAGUGAUGGCAUGGCCCUACAGUUGGGGUGUUUGGAGAUCAGGAGAUUUUACAAAGAUAUGAACGCCAAUGGAUUGGAAAAAAAAUCUAAUUUUGACCUGCUAGAGAAAGAAGUAGGCCUUGACUUGUUCUUUCCAAAAGAGUUGAUUAACAGUAUGAAGCCAAAGCAACUCAGGAAAUUGAUCCAGCAAACAUUUAUGCAAUAUUCGUCUCUAAGGGAGGAGCAAUGCAUUAUGAAGUUCUUUGAGACUUUCUCUUUGUUCUCAAGCUUUGAUGAGGAAAUUUUCCCCUGUGAGCUAGUGCAAGGAUGGAGUUUAGCAGUCGACCUUGUUAUUAGCUCUAAAGGCAUUUGUCAACGCACAGACAAAAAUUCAGUGCCCAUUUGUUUAGCUGAUUUCACACAAAUUCAAAGGAUCAAAUGUUCCCUUCAAAAUGAUGGAAAGGCUCUGUUAUAUAUAGAAAUUCAGGGUGUUAAACAGCCUUUGUCCAUCAACACGGCCUCAUUAGCAAUUGCUGAGAACAUGGCUGACCUGAUAGAUGGCUAUUGUCGUUUAGGAAGUGGAAAAGACACAUCUUUGAUCAUGAGAUCAAAAAAAGAAAAAGAACCUAGAAGUUCUCUGCCUCUUAUUCCCUCUAGUCACUGUAAAGACACUUCAUCUUCCUCCAAACCAAACAUGAACUCAGACAUAUAUGCAGAGAUACCUGAUCACAAGCAAGAGAUAGUUGACAGGCACAGCAUUUCUAGAGACAGCGUUGUUCUUGGCCGGAUACUGGGUGAAGGUUUCUUUGGAGAGGUUCAUGAAGGGCUUUACAAAAGCAAGACAGGAGAGAGGGUGAGUGUUGCAGUGAAGACCUGCAAGGACUGUGCAGCCGACGUAAAAGAAAAGUUCAUGAGUGAAGCUGUAAUUAUGAAGAAACUUGAUCACCCUCACAUUGUGAGACUGAUUGGUGUCAUUGAGGAGGACCCAGUGUGGAUUGUAAUGGAACUUUACCAGCAUGGAGAGCUAGGAAAUUACCUGAUUGAGAAUCAGCACAAACUGUCCAAUGAGACGCUCAUCCUGUACAGCCUACAGGUCUGCAAAGCUUUGGCGUACCUGGAAGGUGUGAACAUGGUACACAGAGAUAUAGCUGUAAGAAAUAUUCUGGUUGCUAAAUCAGAUUGCGUGAAGCUGGGUGAUUUUGGCUUAUCUAGGUAUAUAGAAGAAGAAGAGUACUACAAAGCCUCUGUUAGUCGAUUACCUAUAAAAUGGAUGGCUCCUGAGUCUAUUAAUUUCAGGCGAUUUACCUCUGCUAGUGAUGUCUGGAUGUUUGCUGUAUGUGUGUGGGAGAUCAUGAGUUGGGGUCAGCAGCCCUUCUUUUGGCUGGAGAACAAGGAUGUCAUCAUACAGCUGGAACAGGGCAUGCGGCUGCCCAAGCCUGAGCUGUGCCCUCCUGCCCUUUAUUCCCUCAUGACAUGCUGCUGGACCUACGACCCCAAAGAGAGACCCUCUUUCACUGAACUCGUCUGUAAACUCAAUGAUGUUCACAAGAUGGAGCAAGAGCAGGCAGUGGAAGAGCAGCGGAACAGAACACGUCUCAUAAGGGUGGCCAGUGUUGAGGCUCCACCUAAGCCAUCAAGACAGAGAACCACAAACUUUAACACUAUUAACCCAAGACUACACAAUCAGCUCCCCGACUAUCUGUGUGCUAGUUUACCUGUGCUCGCUCGCCCACCAGGCUUCCGAUCAACGCACAUCUGCAGUGGCACAAUGACCCUGCCUUUGUCCCCGCGUCGUUGCAGCGUGGGGGAAAGGGGCUUUCCGUUUGAGCCAUCCAGUGUAGAGGAUGCUCAACGGCUAUGGGAGAUGGACAAGCAGCGCAUGGACGACACUCUUCGUAGGCAGAAACAGGAGAUGAUGGCAGACAGCCAAUGGCUUGAGAAUAAGGAGAAACUGCUUGAUCCAACAACCCAAGAAGAUGCGACAAUAAAAAUGCCACCAGAAACAGAGACAGGCUAUGCACAAUAUCGAAGUCCCCCAGAGAAGCCUCCCAGACAGGGCGUGCAGCCAGCUCCCACAGCAGAACUGGACCGCUCUGAUGAUAAGGUCUAUCACAAUGUGAUGGAAAUGGUCAAAAUGGUGAUGAAACUCAAAAACGACGUCAACACACUGCCAGCUAACGAGUAUGUUGGUGUUGUGAAGGGUGUGGGACUAACUUUGCGCAACCUAAUCCAUAGUGUGGAUGAAGUUCUACCAAGCCUACAUGAUUCAGUCAGGACAGAGAUUGAAGGUACUCAGAAGCUCCUGAAUAAGGAUCUUGCAGAGCUAAUCAGUAAGAUGCGACUGGCCCAGCAGAAUGCCAUCACAUCUUUAAAGGAGGAGUGUAAGAAGCAAAUGCUAACAGCAGCCCACACAUUGGCUAUGGACUCCAAGAACCUUUUGGAUGCUGUGGACCAGGCACGUGUACGAGCCAAUAUCGCCAAACCCAAACCUAGCUGAUGUGCUCUAGCUUCUCAGUACAUUUGCUAAAAAGGUGCUUUAGAAGCUAUAGGCUUUGUCUGAAAUGUAAAUUAGUGGGGGGCAGAAAGCAAAAGAGUUUAGCCUAAACAGUAUUGCCUUUUAUCAUAUAGUGGUACGGCGUUACCUUAUUUGUUUAUUUAUGGGUACGGACUAGAAUGAAAGCUGGGCUUUCUUUUAAAAUAUUUUAAUGUUUUAGUCAUUUAUAAAACAUUAAACUAUUUUAUUAUAGAAAUAGUUUUUUUGAACAUUUUGUUCUGCAAUCGUGUUAUAUGUCAAUAAAAGUCAUAACGUUUA